AUGGUUUUUCCUUGCUGCAGCUGCAAAGGGGAUCCUAUCAUUCAGAAGCGAUCCACAGAGUUUAAUAAUCUUUCCGAUUUAAGGCUUCGACGGAGCCACCCGCCGAAGCUUUUGCGUGAAGAGACCACAGUGGCUGUCACCUUAAAUGUCUACAGUCUGACGGAUAAAAACGUGCAUUUUUGGCGUUUUGGAUUAGGCAUUUUUCACUGCGGGGUUGUCAUUUACGGGAUUGAAUGGAGCUACGGCGAGGUCUCAGACAACCCGAACGCGUCCGGGUUGUUUUGCGUCCACCCCGGCAUGGCGGCCGGGGCCCUCCACAAGACUUUUACGCUCGGCCGCACGCAGAAAUCCCCCAUGCAGGUCGAUACCAUCCUGCAUCGCUUGGAGAACGAAUGGCGGAGCUGCGAUUACCACAUUCUUCAUCACAAUUGCAAUCAUUUUGCGCAAAGACUGUGUGAUCUCCUGUCAACCUCAGAGAAGCUCAAGAUUCCAGCGUGGUGUAAUCGUAUCGCGCGAAUUACCGAUAAAGUCGUCCCGAGAAAACUUGCCAAGCGAAUUCAACGCAUGUUUAGUGAGGAUACUUUACAGGUGCCAAAAUCGGUUCAAAGGGGUUGUAUUAGCGAAAUCCCUGUUUCCGUGAUUCCAAAAGGGUGGUAUCUUCACCCAUCCAUUAAACAGCCCCCUCGUUACGCUUUUCAAGCCCCCCCAGCGAUUCCCAGGGACGAUUUCGAGGUCUUUCACGCGCACGAUCAAUCUUUUUUCACCCCGUUUAGCCCCCAACAAACGGCGUGCCGGGCUCUUCCGAGGAUCACUUCGGAAAAAAAAAAUGGCGCCCGUCAGGCGGAGAAGAUGAUAAAAAUCAAAGAGGUGGUUAUCCGAAUGGAGUCCUUCUGCUCUGUUUCAAGGUUGGACCCGUGCGAGGAGACCACUGUGAGGGAUUCUCUCAUGCUAACGGUGCCCGCACCUGCCAUCUCACGGCUCUUUCUCGAAAAUGCAGACCUCAACGACGAAAAGGACAAUAAAGAAAAGGACGAUAUUGGACUUCCGAAAGUCUUAGAACUAAAACCUUCCGAGGAGGGCUUGUCGCGUGAGUCCCGCACCCCUUCUUUGUAUCAAGAAAAAGGGAGCCCGUUGGAGAUGGACGGUCGAUCCAAAGUUAGCUCCUUAGAUCCUCCUAUAAUCUCCGAAAAGGUCUCCACCCAAUUAUGGGGCUCCAUCUCGAAUUUUAAGGAAGACAGUAGCUCCCGAAAAGUGCUCUGUAGAGCAUUUUCCGCGCCUCCUUCCACUAUGCGCGGAAUAAAAGACGAAGAGGGAGAAAUCCUAAUGAGAAAAAAUAAGGAGCGAAGUCCGCAGCGUUUGAUCAGAUCAUUCUCGUUAUAA